AUGGAUGCUCCAGGUGCACCAGGGGUGCCUCGCCAGAUCACUCCUUUAUGCUUGUGAAGCUGUACCUCCACCCUCUCUCCUCUCCCCUCCUCUCUCCUGGAUAUCUUUGAGGAGACUCCUGAUAAAGAGCCAAUGCCUGGGGCUCAGUGGGAUGUCUAAUGGGAUGUGUCUGCCUGCACAGGUUCAACCAAACUAUGACGAGCUCCCUUCUGCAUUACUGGGUCUCGUGGCAUCGCUCAGCCUCUCUAGAACACAGAUGUGUUAGAGAAAGGAAAUGCAUUUAUUACAGUUAGGCUACUACACCUUAUUAUUAAAUGAACUGGAAUCAAGAUGUUGAUUGGCAAUGUUGCAUGGUUUGCAAGCUUCAAACGUUUCCUUAUUCACAUUUAUCUCUUAAUUGUGUAAAAACCUUAUCAUACUAUGCCUGUACACAAGAAAUAAGCUAACCUAGACAUGUAUAUCAGUUUGGAUCAUUACUAGUACCACAUUGGAUGUGUCACUGUUGGGUUACCAUAUAACCAACCAAUCAGCAGGUAGUAUUAUACAGUUCUUACUAAUGUGCCAGUAUAGGAGUUCAUUAGCAGUCUUAUAGUUUUAGUGUUUAAUAAAAACAUGACCGACAGAUCUCCCUCUUCAAGGAGAUUAGUAUCUCUCCAGCCUGCUCUGCUUUGUUUUAACACGUCUCAGGAAUGUUUAUUGUCACUUAUAAAUGGUAGGACACACAGGAGGCUGCUUUUAAUAUGAAUUCCUCUGUGUGUGUGUGUGUGUGUGUGUGUGUGUGUGUGUGUGUGUGUGUGUGUGUGUGUGUGUGUGUGUGUGUGUGUGUGUGUGUGUGUGUGUGUGCCUGCCUGCAUGUACCUCCAGUAGUGACUAACGUCCAAACACUGAGGAGAUCAGGAUCAAUGCUUAGGGGUCAAGGAUUAUAUGGGUUGUUCCAAAAAACGUGUGAGUUCAUCUUAAAUCAGCCAUGAACCCCCUUCUGACAGGGUGAAUGGAAGCGUGUUGUGUGCAACAGGAAGUGGCAAUUGAAUGCAAGCUUCAUAAAAAAAGAAUGCAAUUGUUACAACAUUUCUAGCCUGUCUAUUUAUGGGUAACAGGGUUGACAUGUUAUGUUUACGGAAGGACAUGUCAAAAUGCUGAAUUUCGGCACAUUUGCAAGUCUUUAUUCAUAUAAAAAAUCUGAUUUAUUGAAUUCUCCAUGGGGUCUAUAGUAAAAGGCACUUCAUUUAAUAUAACAGGCUUUUAAAAUGCAAUAUUGGUGCACAAUAUCUACUUAAAAUAUCAAAGGGAUGCAAAAAGCACUCUUUUCAUGGGAUGACCCUUAUGCAAAUCAGUACAGCAUUCCUUACUGCUAUCUCUAUUUGGUUUCCAGGUCUCAGACCAAUGGAGGUUAAAAAAUACUAACUAUCUUGGCAAGACAACUGACAGGGUAUUCAUUAUGGAUUCCCCUACAUAUUGACUUAUAGAUAAGUUAAACCUAGAGCCAAGAUUUGCCCUGUUCGAAAAGAUUGGACCAACAUGUUCUUGUGCUCGACUGUUAAGCUAAGAUUGGAUCUGUUUUAUCUCUGUGUUUCAACACAUUUCCGCAUAGCACAACUCAGUGGCCUUGUGGUUAGACUGUCUGCCUUGAGAUUGGAAGGUCGUGAGUUCAAUCCCUGGACGAGUCAUACCAAAGACUGUAAAAAUGGGACCUGAUGCAUCUCGCUUGGCACUCAGCAUUAAGGAGAUAGAUUGGGGGUAAGGCUCUGUGAUAGACUAGUGUCCUGUCCUGGGGGUGUACCUCUACAUCAAGCUGCCUCACGCUACAGAAACAAGAGGUAGGCUCCUGCCCUAUGAGCAGUUCCGGCUUGUGCAAGGCUACUUACUUACAUGUUUCCAUAGGCUAAGGCUCAGUCCUACAUGGAAAAUGGAAGUUACAUCAUGUUGAAUCAUUAUUGUCUUUGUCCACCCAUAUUACAAUGGGCAUAGGCAUAUGCCACACAGUUGGAAUUCAAUCCAUCCAUCAAAAAUGUCAACAAUUUUAAUGGAAUUGAUCCCAACCAUGAUACACUAUGCUUGGAGAACUCUGUUCCCAUUGAGUGCUGUACUGUAGCUCUGUCUGUCUGUGUGAUGGCUGUAGUGUGGGUUAGACCUAUAAUUACCCUUUAUGUUCAGAGAGAGCCGCCGUAAGACCUGAUCCUGUUUCCAUUGACCUGACGCCACCCUAAGAACCGGACAAACACACACACACACACACACACACACACACACACACACACACACACACACACACACACACACACACACACACACACACACACACACACACACACACACACACAGUCACCUACCCAGCAAUCUGCCUGUCAUGCAAAGGUCCAGCAGACCCGCCUCUCUCUUUGGUCCCAAAGUAAUUGAAGGGGUGGUGUGUGUCUGUGGCUCUGCUUGCUUUCACCAGUGGUACUUUGACCACAAACAUCAUGAGCCGAAUAAUAACACUGACCCUGAACCAGUUGGAGAGAACUGAAAGUACAGUACAGUAAUAGGGCUUGGAGUACUGUCUGGGCUUGGAGUACUGGGUCAGUUUGACUGGACAGAGUGUGUUCUGUGUGACUGGACUGGCCAGAAGGCUUAAGCGGGUCAAAGUUGAAUGGAAUGGAUGACCAUUGCGGUCAUGAUUUGUUGGUAGAGUAGAUGGCUGGUUUCCUAUAAUCUUAGUGGGCCUUGAAAUGGAGAGAGAUAAACAAGGAAAACACUAAAUAUAUACAAAUUACUUUCCUGUACAAUUAUACCGUAGUCAGUCAUUGGUUUGACAAGAUGUUUUUCACAAAUGGUUACCAUAUAUUGUGAAUAUGUAUUUACUGUUUCUGCCCUGUGAUAGGAAGUUAUUUUGACCUAUUUUAUUUGCACAUACACUUGGUACAGCCUUGGUGGUCCUCCAUUUUACAGAUUGAUACAUUUCCCAAUGUUCUCGGCUUUGCCCUGACCUCUCCUCUUUAACCUUUGACCCCCAGCUGCACUUUAAGGUAACUAGGCCAUUCUCCCCCUGCUGACCUGUUCCAAACUAAAGCAACUCUAGGUGCUUGGCCUUCUAGCCUAUAGCCUCCCACCUCAGACCUUUCUCUCUCCUUUGCCCUCUCACCCUGUCACCCCCACACACACCUCACAUCCCGUUACUUGCAUGAAAGGUUAGGUUGGCCUCUUUCUAUCCUUGACAUCUUAGGGAAGGGAUCACUGCCGCUACCUCGCUUUCGAACCAAGGUGCAUGAAUUGAGGAGCAAACUGAAGGAGAGGGGAGAGUCAGCAACGCUUGGAGGACAAAGGAAUACAAUAAAAAAAGCUUAUUUAUUGCUAAAAGUAGAACCUCAACCUCUCACCUCUGCCCCCAUCCUUUACCACCCACCAAUACCCAUGCACCCCUCUACAGUAGUUCUGACCUAUAAGCCCUGACCUUUUCCCUCCCCCUAGGAUCCCGGACAGAGGCACCAUGAGGUCGGCCUGUCUCUCUCUGCUCCUGGUCACAGCGUGCUGGUCACUGCCCUUCCGCCAGUCGGGCUUCCUGGACUUCAUGAUGGAGGAUGAGGCGGGCUCUGGCCUGCCCGAGUUGCCCAUCGAGCCCAAGAUGGACGUCCCCACCAUGCCCGAAGGACCCAAGUGCCCCUUCCGCUGCCAGUGCCACCUCCGCGUGGUGCAGUGCUCCGACUUAGGUAAGACACUCUCCUAAUAAAUUAUAUUUAAUAUCAUGACCGUAUGUAGUGCAUUUCUAAUUCUGUGAUUCGAUGUGUUUUCAUGAGCUGAGGUCAAUUUGUCAGUGUAAUAUGGACAACCUGUUGCAUCAGCUCUUCUCUCCCUCUCUCGCCUAACUGAGGCAGUCCCUUAGUUUACAAGCUACAUCUUCUUCGUUCCCCAAGAGGUGUUCCCUCCAUCCUCAGAGGGAUGUUCAAAGAGUGUCUGGCGUUUGAUCUAUCAGCUCGUUAAUUGGCCUAAAAGAACAUCGCCCCAGCCCGACCACUUUAAACGCUCUCAGAUGCUGCAAACUUCCAUGUCUUCCGCGACGAUUACAUAGUUUUGCAGUGACUUUGGCCUUUUUCUCAUUUUCCUAAUUGUUUUUGCAGAUUCAGGGAUAUAAAAGGUUGGCGGGGCUUGGGAAAGUCUCGAACUAACCCCGGUUUAACAAGCCCAAUGUUCUAAAGCUUGUUUUUUUCUCCGUCAGAUCGCUCCAUUCUCCAUCCUCUUCGGAGGCAAAUGAACUCUGCCACGAAUUAGCCUAGUGCUCUGUUUUCUUCACAAUUAAAAUGAUUUACUUGAUCCUCUUAAUUGUUUGCGAGAUUAUCCUGUUUGUUUGCUUCAUCCACCCUUUAGCUUUGGCCUGACUCAUCUCUAGGCCUACUGCUCUGCCAAGGGAAGUCACUGACCCAGUUGAUUGGCUGUAUCUUAUAUAGCUUGUAUAAUUUUGCAAUUCUUCACCUACGAGUUUGGUUCGUUUUUUGGCUUUACUCUUGUUUUAAAAGGGAGGAGCAGGGGAGGAAUACUGGAGACAGACGAAGACAGAGUGAGAGAUACAGAUGGACUGGGAUGUAUACGCAGAGAGGAGAGAGAAAGAAAGAAACAGACAGACAAAAUUGUACAGAGCGAGACAGAGACAUGUGAAAGAGAAGGAGGGAGAGGGACAGAGAAAGAGAGAGGAGAGAUCAAGAAAACAGUGAGUUCCAGUGGAGGAAGAGAAAGAUAGACUGACCUACACAGCCAGACAGACAGACAGACCAACUCCGACAGACAGAUGGAGAGACUGAUGAUCAGGAAAGGGCUGGUUCCAUUACCUCACCGGGGCCUGUUAGCGCUGAACGUCUCCCAGGAGAGAGAGCCCCAGAGCUGGAUCCUCAUCUCCGGCACCGGCCCCUCUGGCCUGGAGCCUGCAUCUGUUCCCCAGACCUGCUGGCACACACACAGGCCUGGGAUGGGAGGGGAGGGGAGGGGAGGGGAGGGGAUUGGUCUGCUCUCCAUCCAAAGUCACCCCCUUUCACAGUUAGAAACCUGGAAGAAAAAGGAAAAGUUAGCACAAGGCCUUAUUUCUGCAGGCUUCCAGCUGGCGCUGCGUGCUACAGUUAUCACAUGUGUAAGAGCAGAGAUGAAGCAGGAAGUACUGCUAGUAGUCUAGACAUUCACCAGACGUAGUUACAGUACAUUUAUUUUAAAAAUACGUUUGGCAAUUACUCUACAGGCAUUGUGGUGUACUAUCAAAACAGCUUCCUUUCUUGCUGAGUUUGGAAAUGAGGUUUUAUGAACAUGGGGCAGGUUUCAUUAAGGUUUAGAUUAAAAACACGUUGAUGUUACAGUCGUCAAAGACCUUCAUCUGACAGGGAUAUAAUGUUCCCAGUUACCUUGAACUAGCCCGUCUAGGUCAGUUUGAUUUGAUGGGUCCCUAUGUGUCAACAGGUGUUGUGGAUGACAAAAGCACUCCUUUUCCCAAUGCCCUGAUUGAACUGGGUCAUUACUAGUAUUGCUGACAGGCGUAGCUACAUUGUGUCUGCUGUGAAUGGACAACGUACUGGAAAACUCACGCUCAACUCAGGGACAAUCAGACCCAUAAUGACUGAACAGACGUUCCCCUCACAAGGGGCGAAGGUUACAGUAGACCCCCCAAAAAAAGGAUUGCAGUGCUGGAAAUUGCAUAAACGUUGCCAUUAAUGCUUGGAUGUGCUGAACGCAUGAGGGCGAUCAUACCCUUGAUAUCACAUUCAUUCGGCUUUUAUUGAAAUUAUGACUACAAUAAAGGGACUAUGUUUGCAUUCAGCUCCUAUUUUUCUAGUCUUCCACUUGCCAAGAGGUCAUCUUACCAUGCCAGUAUCUCAACAAGAACAGAGCGUACUAUCUCAGCUUCUGGUUCCUCUCACUUACUUAUGAAUCAGCCAAGCCGACUUUCUUAAAUGAAAACAUAAUCUGCAGAGCACUGGGACGAUCUGACCAGCCAUUUUAUCUAUGAUGUUGCUAUGGAAAUGCUCCCAAGUUUGAACAAAGUAAUUCACUUAUUUAUUUAUUUUUAGAGAUGUUUUUACUUUUAAUGGAAGAUUCAGCCCUUUUAUAUUGAACAUUCAGCCCUUUGUUAUCAAAGGUUGGGACCAGUGAGUGUGAUCAGAGGCCUUUAUAAAUACAUCCAUUACACACAGGUGGCUCAUAGCAGAAGUCUGUGGUCUGCUAUUCAGUCUUUCUCUUCCAAUCCUUCCAUAGGCCAAAAACUCUGAGACUAAACAACAUCUCAACCAGACUUUCCUGCCACCUGACUCUCAGUAACUGACCUCUCACCCCUGCCCCCAUCUCCUACACACAGACACGCUCUCUCCAAACUGUUUACCGUACCAACCACGUCAGCUCUGACUCUGACAGAACGCCAUGUGUUCACCUCACGCUGCUAGAGGAAAAGAAAGAGAGAGCGAAAGAGAAGAAUAACAAGGAUGGAUUGGGGUAGAGAGAGGAUGGGGGAGAAAGGAGAGAGAGAUAGAGAAGAGAGAUGAUGCAAGAUGGGUCGAGCCGCUCGGGGAGAGGGAGAGUAUGGCGAGGCUGAGGCUGCGCGAGCUGGAGCUUCUCCUCCUCGGAAGAGCUGGCCCGCCGAGAGAGGGAUGGAGAUGGAAAGGAGAGGAGAGAGAGAGAGAGGAUGGAGAUGGAAGAGAGGAGAGUAGAGAGAGAGGAGAGAGGAGAGGAGGAGAUGGAGAGGAAGAGAGGAGAGAGAGGAGAGGGAGAUGGAGAGAGAGGGGAGAGAGAGGAGAUGGAGAUGGAAAGAGAGGAGAGAGAGAGGAGAUGGAGAUGGAAAGAGAGGAGAGAGAGAGGAGAUGGAGAUGGAAGAGAGGAGAGAGAGAGAGGAGAUGGAGAUGGAAAGAGAGGAGAGAGAGAGGAGAUGGAGAUGGAAAGAGAGGGAGAGAGAGAGAGAGGAGAUGGAGAUGGAAAGAGAGGAGAGAGAGAGAGGAGAUGGAGAUGGAAGAAAGAGAGAGAGAGAGAGGGGAUGGAGAUGGAAAGAGAGGAGAGAGAGAAAUGGGAUGGAGAUGGAAAGAGAGGAGAGAGAGAGAGGAGAUGAAGAUGGAAAGAGAGGAGAGGGAGAGAAGAGAUGGAGAUGGAAGAGAGGAGAGAGAGAGAUGGAGAUGGAAAGAGGAGGAGAUGAGAGAAGAGGAAGAGAUGGAGAUGGAAGAAAGAGAGGAGAGAGAGAGAGAUGGAGAUGGAAGGAGGAGGAGAGGAGGAUGGGAUGAGAAGAGAGGAGAGAGGAAGAUGGCAAUGGAAAGAGAGGAGAGAGAGAGAGAGGAGAUGGAGAUGGAAAAGAGGAGAGAGAGAGGAGAUGGAGAUGAAAAAAAAAAAAGAGAGGAGAGAGGGAGAGGAGAUGGAGAUGGAAAGAGAGGAGAGAGGAGAUGGAGAUGGAAAGAGAGGAGAGAGAGAGGAGAUGGAGAGAAGAGAGGAGGAGAGGAAGAUGGAGAUGGAAAGAGAGGAGAGAGAGAGAGGAGAUAGAGAUGGAAAGAGAGGAGAGAGAGGAUGGAGACUGGAAAGAGAGGAGAAGGAGGGAGAGGAGAGGAAAGAUGAGAGAGGAGAGAUGGAGAUGGAAAGAGAGGAGAGAGAGAGAGGAGAUGGAGAUGGAAAAUGGGGAGCAAGUAGAUGAGAAAGAGACGUGAAGGAAGGGUGAAGGGAUAGAGUGUGAGAGAAGGAGAUGAGGAGUGAGAGAAUGUAAGAUAUUAAGUGGGAGUUGGAGAUGGAGAGAGGGAGCACAAGAGGGAUAUGCAGCACAGUGGGAGCCUACCACAGACAGCUGUGUGGAGGAUUGUGGGGCUUGGGUAGGGGUUGGAGAAACUGAUAGAAAAGCCAACUGAGCUGAAGAGAAUGUUUGUGUAAGUGGGUUGUGCUCAAAGCUUUUAAGCCAAAGUGUGUCUGCAUAUGUGGAGUUUAUAAAACACAGCAUUUAAGCCUUGAAUGACUAAACAGUUUAUUCUAGAGACAACCACCGCCCUCUAGAAUGGAAACCAGCCAUGUGAACCUUGACCCUAAGCCAUUGUGUUGUUUAGAUGACUUGUGGUAGCUCUCUGUGUUCGCCCUCUAUUUAAAACAAUACCCAUGGAAUAGAACAGAACAGAACAGAAUAGAGUAGAAUAUAAAAGAAUAGAAUAGAAUGGAAUGGAAUAGUAUAGAAGACAACAGAAUAGAUUAGAACACAAUAGAGUGGAAUAGAACACAAUAGAAUAGAAUGGAAUAGAACACAAUAUAAUAGAAUGGAAUAGAACACAAUAUCAUAGAAUAGAAUAGAAUAGAAUAGAAUAGAAUAGAAUAGAACACAACAAAAUAGAAUGGAAUAGAAUAGAACAGAACAGAACAGAACAGAAUAGAAUAUAAAAGUUAGAAUAGAACAUAACAUAUUACACAACAAUACAUAAUGUACCCAAUACAUAUACAUAGUGUAUACCUCACCCCAGCUCAUAAUUCCCUUACACUUCUCCCUCAGAACAUAUGGUUCUGGUUUACCAGUCAUAUAGACAGGUGCCAUUUACUGUCUCAGUGCCAAAUAAUGCAAUGUACUCUCCAACCCAAACUGCAUGCAAUGAGGUCAGUGUCCAGGUAUGUGGACACUGGAAAUUGGUGGAAAUUAUUUUCAAGGCCCAUUUCCACACUGUGUGCCAUAGAUUGUUUCAAUGCUAACUCAUGGCGCAUCUGGUACAACUCAAGUCUGGACUGUUACCAUGAAACACAUCAUAUUUUGGUUCCUUAGGGUUAUUUGUUAUAAUGGUUGGUCUACGAUGGCCUAGAGUUCAGAGGUCAGAGACAGAAUGCUGUUGUUGUGCUCACUUUCUGUGGUCAGUUUCAGGGUAGAAGUCAAUUUAUUUGAUGCAAAACACAUCAUCAUGAUGAUGUGGCAAGUGACACUUUGCUUCUUGAAAGACAAAUAUCUUGAAAACUUGACUGCUGACAUGCAAAACAUUUUGGGACUAUAUCAUCCGUAGACUAAUGAAAAAAACACCAAAAGAUAGUUUUUUAGUGGAUUUUUCUUUAUUGUAAUUCCUAAACUGAGGUUAGAUGGCAUUGACCCCAGCCCUGGUCUGAUGGUCAGUAGACAUGCAGACAGCUGGAGAGCAGGCGGUCGUAGUGUGACCAUUCCCCAUGGGGCCUCAAUGUGGAUAAUGCUGUGUAUAACUACAACCAGUUAGCAAGUCUGAAAUUUCAGAGUUUCCUAGUUCCGACUAGCAUGUGAACGCGGCAUAAACUCUCGACCAGAGCUAGGGCCAUCGCGCUCCACUGCGAACUCCAUUUCCCAUCAGCCAGCAGCCACAGCUGCAGCACAGCUCAGGAAGUUUCUUGUCACCUGGACAAACAUACCAUACACACGCCCAAGUGUGCACACCAUCUCUCACACACACACACACUCCUCAUCAUGCGUCAUCAUACACACACAUGCUCAUGGCAGGGUUGGGCCAAACCUCAUUUCAUUCAACAUCAUUAACUCUGAAAUUAAAUGUAAAGUAAAAUUGAAUUUAAAAAAUUGAAUAAUUAAUUAAUUUAAAUCACAUAGAGCUAUAAAACUAGCUUCAACGGGCUGGCCUAGAAGUAUCUCUCCUCUCCUUUCCUGUUUUGUCUCUGUCUGUGAGUAUCUCUCCUCUCCUUCCUCUUCCUCUGCAGGGCUGAAGAGUAUCCCAGAUGAGAUCCCUGCAGACAGCACCCUGCUGGACCUGCAGAACAACAAGAUCACUGAGAUCAAGGAGAACGACUUCAAGACUCUGAAGGGACUCCACGUAAGAGUUUAACACUCAAUAUGUCCCAUCCACUAAACACUCAAUAUGUCCACUAAACACUCAAUAUGUCCCCUAAACACUCAAUAUGUCCCCUCCACUAAACACUCAAUAUGUCCCCUCCACUAAACACUAAAUGUAUCCACUAAAUACUCAAUAUGUCCACUAAACACUCAAUGUCCACUAAAUACUCAAUAUAUCCACUUUGUUGCAGCUUUUCACCAAAUAAUGAUUGGCCCCUUACUUUCAAAGCUCACGAUUGCAUUUUCCAAAAAACAUUGAUUCACAACUCGCCAUUUUGUAUCAAUCAUGCAUAAUUUUUCUAAGGAGUGCAAUGUUAACAUCCCUUCAAAGUAUACUCCAGAUUGAGUGUAAAAACCUGCAUUUCUUGGGUAGGAGAGAGCUAAAGAGAAAACACUAAAGCUGAUCUUGAAGCCGUGUUUUGUUGGACCACAUCCUAACAGGCUUAUUAUACACGCAAAAGUAUUGGCUGGAGUAAAGCAGUGGAAAUCAGAUUUAUCUCUGGACUUUCUUGAGAUGAGAGGGAGCUUAGGUGUGUGUGUGUGUGUGUGUGUGUGUGUGUGUGUGUGUCCCACGUGUAUACUUUUCUUGGAGAGCUGAUUUCUUGAUCAUAUUCCAAAACACUAACAUGUUUAACUAACUUGUUUAACUCUGAUCAAAGAUCCUAAAAAUAGUCUACCAAAGGGAAAAGCACUGUAAUCCACCUUCACUCAUUUGUUUUUAACCACAGGAAUCCAGGUACCAGUACUCCCCAAGUGCAAUGGAAACUAUUCUCCUCUGGGCCAUCGCCUGACCUCUCUACACGUGUAUAGCCUGUGUAAAUAGCCUACCUCUGUCAAACGGCCAACACUGUUUCCACCCCCGUAUAUUAGUUGGUCUCUCCAGGGGACAUUUGCUGCAUUCUCUGCAUUCUCCAUUCUUCCACCCCCAUCUGCAGCCGUGAGAAUAGAAUGGUCCACUAGAGAGACAGCAAUUUCUCUUGCGAAAUUUCUACGAAAUUGCCUCCAAUCACAACAACCCUGGCGCCUGUGCUCUUUAAGACGAGGUCCAAGGGUGUGUUGUGAUUACUGUAUAGACGUUAAAAAACAAUCUCACGGGCCUCCCGAGUGGCGCAGCGGUCUAAGGCACUACAUCACCGUGCUAGAGGUGUCACUACAGACCUGGGUUCGAUCCCAGGCUGUGUCACAACCGCCAGUGAUUGGGAGUCCCAUUGGGCGGCGCACAAUUGGCAGAGUGUCGUCAGGGUUAGGGGAGGGUUUGGCCAGGGAGCUUUACUUGGCUCAUCACGCUCUAGCGACUCCUUGUGGUGGGCAGGCUGACCUCGGUCGUCAGUUGAAUGGUGUUUCCUCCAACAUAUUGGUGCGGCUGGCUUCCGGGUUAAGCGCGCGGUUAAGCAGGUCAUGUUUUGGAGGACGCGUGACUCGACCUUUGCCUCCCGUGCCCGUUGGGGAGUUGCAGCGAUGAGACAAGAUGGAAAUUGGGGAGAAAAAGGGCAUAAUAAAAAUUAAUAAAUAAACUCACAUUUCAGUUACCUUGGAUAUGUUCAAUUGAGUCAGUAUAAACUUGGGAAAUGUCAUCAAACAUAAUCUAGAACAUCUUAUUUUGUUGAUGUCAAGCAUUUAAAAUGCUCUCAACUAGUACAAAAUAGUCAAAAAUAGUCCAGUCUGGUUGUGAAGCAAUUUGUGCAACCUCACUAUGAUAUAAUGAAAUGUCUGCCUUCAAUUACUUAAUUUUACACACAUAAACAAUGAUCACAUACACCCACGGGAAGUUGUAGCCACAUUAAAUUAUCAUCAGCAAAACAUUCACAUUAGCACUAUCUUAGAUAUAACAGGGAUUGUUCUCUCUCCAAUCUCCCCAGACCCUGAUCCUGGUGAACAACCAGAUCACCACAAUCCAUCCCAAGGCCUUCAUUCCCCUGGGCAAGCUGCAGCGCCUCUACCUCUCCAAGAACCACCUCAAGGAACUGCCCGCCAACAUGCCCAAGAGCCUGCAGGAGCUUCGCAUCCAUGAGAACAAGAUCACUAAGAUCAAGAAGGCCUCCUUCGAGGGCAUGGCCCAGGUCAUCGUCAUGGGUAUGGACCAGACCUGGGUUCAAAUACAAUUUGAAAUCUUUCAGAUACUUUGAGCGCUUGCUUUAGCCUGCCUGGAUUGCCUUAAUGACCAGUCUGUUUUCUUCUGUUGGGUGCAUAAUGAACUCAACCCAUACCCUGUUCGAUACUCAAAUUACAUACGAUAGAACUGGUCUACUCCUUAACACACACAUACACACCGUUACUUGAACAUGUUUCCUUAAUUGAAUGUUUAGUAGCAAUAGGACAGGAGCAAGUUUACAAGUUCACAGCUAACUAGUACACUAAAUCAGUACAGAGUUGGAGUCAGAGACAGAUGAUGUAAAGUUUGCGUAACCAUGAAUUACAACUUGUCAGUGUUUAGAGUGUGCCAGCAAUCGCCUACAGAGAGGAAGGGUUGGUUCAUUGCUUACAGAGUGGAGAGUGGACUUUUGAGGGUGCCAGCAGCAGAGAGGGUGAGAGAGUGUGUGUGUGUGUGUGUGUGUGUGUGUGUGUGUGUGUGUGUGUGUGUGUGUGUGUGUGUGUGUGUGUGUGUGUGUGUGUGUGUGUGUGUGUGUGUGUGUGUGUGUGUGUGUGUGUGUGUGUGUGUGUGUGUGUGUGUGUGUGUACGCGUGCAUUUAUACUAUCUCUAUUUUUUUUAUUUUUUUUGCUGGAGUUCCCCUCCAGUAAUUUUUCGCCUAUCCAUCUCUCUGCUUCCCUUGGCCCUCAGCUCGAUAAACUUCUCCCUCUCCGGACCCCCAGUUCCAUAGAAUGUAAAGUAUCUCAUUACAGCGUAGCUAAAGGACUGGAGCCGUAUGCCCUAAAACACACUGAUCCUCAGAUUAUAUCCCCAAUGUGACAUAUCGGCCAAUCCAGCGAGGCUAAAGGAGGAGGGAGACAGGGUUUACGGACAAUAUCCCACGCCGGCCACAGACCAUGUUUAUACAUGACUCAGGUUGAGAUUCCCGUAACACACCAGGACUGGAAUGUGGUUAAUGGACCUGGUCAAUCAUUGUUUUUUCUCUCUGUUUUCUUUUUCUGUCUCUUCCCCUCUGAUUGUCUACCUCUCUAUUUCUCUUCCUCUCUGUCUCUGUUUAUCUCUCUCUUGCUCUCUCUCUCUUUAUUUCUGCUUCCUCUGACUCUUAAUUAUCUCUCUCUCUGUCUCUCUCUCCCUCCUUCUCUUUACAGAGCUCGGCUCCAACCCCCUGAAGAGUGCAGGGAUUGAGGCUGGGGCGUUCGGGUCCCUGAAGAAGGUCUCCUACAUCCGCAUUGCAGACACCAACCUGACAGAGAUCCCCAAAGGUACUGCCCAUCAUAAAUCAUGCUUCCUUCCUUCCAGUCCCUUGAAGGGAUCAUAGGAAAUCUAACACAAGACUAGGUAUAAGCAGGGAUCCAUAACAUAGCUUUCACCUAUCCAGUAAUUUCCGAUCAUUUCACUUUAAGGAUCCAACUAAAGAAUAUGGAAAAUAAAAUGUAAUUUCAAUGAAGGAAGGCUGUAAGUAUUUUGACCACACUGCAACAACAAAAAAAUAUAUUCAACAUACUGUAUAAUUCUAAGGCAACCAGCUGCAAUGGGAUUGUGAGUUUGCUCAACAAACAUUUUGUUGAGCAAACUCACAACAAUAAGUUGGUGUGUGAAUUUCUUUUGAGCAAACUCACAAUUGCAGCUUGAUGCCUUACAAUUGUACGUUGAAUCAACAUCUCUUUUUUUUUUUUUUUACAGUGCAGGGCCUGAAUCUCUAUUUUCAACCAGGACUGGUUUGAAUACUUCACAGCUCAAUAACUCCAGCUAAAACAAAGGAAUUCAAGUAAACAGUGAGGAUCAACUCAAUCGACCCCAGCCAAAAUCAUCAAUCAUCUUGCACUGCAAGAAUGCACAUUUAGAUUCAUGGGCUCCACUGAAAAAUGGUUACAGUGUGGAACAAAAAGGCUUAAAGAGAGGAAAACCCAAACAGCAUAUUAAUUCAAAGGCGUGCAAGACUAAUGUUGUCUGGCCUAUUGUGGGAAUCUGGCAACCAGUUUAGAUGGAAUAGUCCUCAGAGAGAGAUCCUCUAAUCUAAUGCUCUAAUACUAAUAGAAGGGAGGAAGGAUAACUCUGGAUGUUAGAGGCUGCGUCUGAGCUGGCACCCUAUUCCCUAUAGUGCACUACUACCUGGUCAAAAGUAGUGCACUAUAUAGGGAUUAGGGUGCCAUUUCAGAUGCAUUAGAAUUCGUAUGGAUUCAGUCCUACUGGCAUACUGUAUAUAGAAAUGAACCCCUUACCUUCCCCUCACCAUAACUGCUGUGGUUUCCCCGGUUGUUUGUCCUCUCGUCAUUGUCUCUCUCCUGUGGGUUGCCAGGUCUUCCCCCCACCCUCUCCGAGCUCCACCUGGACAGCAACAAGAUCACCAAGGUGCAGGCGGGCAACCUGAAGGGCCUCAAGAACCUGGCUAAGUAAUGAUGUUUCCAUACUUCUACUCAAUGUUUAAAAAACGUUUUAAAAAACAAUUUCAUAAGUGCUCUUGACGAGGACAAAGCAUGCUUACAGUAUUAUUUUUUACUCUUUGUUACGAGUGUGUCAAAAGACCUGAUUAACAUCCUCCUGUAGUGGGAUAUUGGGUCAUCUCUAGACAACAGUGCCAGUGUCAAACAAACCCCUAGUAUGUGUUUCUCUCUCUCUCUCUCUCUCUCUCUCUCUCUCUCUCUCUCUCUCUCUCUCUCUCUCUCUCUCUCUGCCUCUCUCUCUGCCUCUCUCUCUCUCUCUCUCUCUCUCUGCCUCUCUCUCUCUCUCUCUCUCGCUCUCUCUCUCUCUCUCCCUUCGUCUUCACUCAGUAGUCCACUCUGCUCAACUCUGAGUGAGUUCUGCAAUGUGUGCAAUUGGAGUCCACUGCUGUAUUUGUGAAGCCAGGGCUUGAGAAAGAGCUAUACACCAGCACUAGAUCUAAGCCAACCAAACAGACUCACUCAGAGAACCCAACUCCCAACUCCUGGUUCUCUCUCACUCCCUGUGGCUGUGCCUGUCAGAGCUCUCUCUCUCUCUCUCUCUCUCUCUCUCUCUCUCUCUCUCUCUCUCUCUCUCUCUCUCUCUCUCUCUCUCUCUCUCUCUCUCUCUGGCGCUCUCUCUCUCUGGCUCUCUCUCUCUCUGGCUCUCAUUAAAACGUUGAGGACGUUGAUUUAUCAAGGCAUUAUGUGAUGAGAGUUUUAACAAAAUGCAUAUGAAAGUAAUGUUUCUGAAAAUGAAAUAACUGGGUUUAUAAGAUCACCGCUUUGAGGGUAGGAAAAGAUUCCUGCCAAAAUACGGAGACUAAACAACAGAAAAAUACUUUCAUGCAGUACAAGGCAGUUUAUUUUGGAAGAGCUACAGGAUUCACUAAUAAUAUUAUUUUCCAUUUUCUGGAUCGGCAACACGUUCACUAGCGUGUAUUUCAUUUUGUCGACGAAGUUGGGCAGUGGUCCCUUGGUACAAGUAAAGCCUCUUUGUCAUUUGCUAGUAUACAUUCUGCCCAUGGUUUUUAUUGGCUGAAAACCAGUUUGUGUCUUUCCCAUUGGAUGUUUUCUUUCCUUUUUCUCUAAUUUGUUUUUAUACAUUCUGUACCACACAAACUUUGGGACUUGUAGGGACAGCUCAGGGCUUCGUGCCCUCUUCUAUCUCUCCUCUUCUGUACCUCUGUCUCAUUGGCUCUUUUACACACCGUGUCUCUUUCCCAUUAGCUCUGACACAUUCUGUGUCUCUCCCCAUUGGCUGGUUUGUCUCCUAGGCUGGGUCUAAGCUACAAUGAGAUCAGCCAGGUGGAGAACGGUUCUCUGGCCAUGGUUCCUCACCUCAGAGAGCUUCACCUGGACAACAAUGCCCUGACAACCGUGCCCGCAGGUCUGCCUGACCACAAGUACAUCCAGGUGGGUUCCAUCGGACACACAGGUGUCCCAUCACACCUGGGAGAAUGGGUAGAGGCGUCAUGUCCAUGAAUAUUCCACCUCACACAGGGUUUUCUCAGGAGGGCGUAACCAUUACAGACCAAUCUGAUGAUGAUGAUGAUAAUAAAAUAGAAAUAAGUUGAUUAACACAGAAUCCAUUCAACAAAAGGAAUUGUGUUAGCUUUAUACAUUACAUUUCUAUAUAUGCAAUGUUCAUUCCCAUACAUCCAUCCCCCUAACCACCCAUUGUGAUUGAUAUCUUCCCAGGUGAUCUACCUCCACAGCAACAAGAUAGGAGUGGUGGGCACCGAGGACUUCUGCCCACCAGGCUACAAUACCAAGAAGGCCAUGUACUCUGGUAUCAGCCUGUUCUCCAACCCCGUCCCUUACUGGGAGGUGCAGCCCAUCACCUUCCGCUGUGUGUUCGACCGCUCCGCCAUCCAGCUGGGCAACUACAGGAAGAAGUAGAAAAAAAGUACUCCCCCCCAGAGAGAGAGAAAGAGAGUGUGUGUGUGUAAGUGUGUAAGUGUGUGUGUGUGUGUGUAUGUGAACUGCAGCACCCCACCCACCCCACAACACUGAUCGGCAACUUUAUCCCCAUUUUAUACAAAAAUUCACCCAAACCAAGUUAUUUGGAGUCGUUAUCUAAAAACCAUAACGAACAUCCAAUACAGUUUUAACAGUCACGGUACUUAAUGUUUUCAUGAGCAAAGACAGAACAGUUACAAUACUCAGCACCAAACCUUCCUUAGAUGGCUUAGUAAUAACUCAAACCAGCUCUGUAUGCAAACAUUUGAUUUAUAAUAGUCCAUGUACCAUACAUACAUUUCAUAUUCUAAAACAGUAAUCACUGGCAUUAUCCUGUAGCAGGUCUCCCAUACACAAUAAACUGUCAACUCAUUAAAUACUGUUACACUACAUCAUGGUACAGUAGUUAUCUGUCAAAAAGCUCAACUUAAAGGGGCUCUCCACCACUUGUCAACUUCAUGUUCAUUAUCUCCAGCACAAUAUCAUUGUCUACAUAUGUGAAAACGGCACAUUCCUACGUUUUGUAGAAAAAAAUAUAUCAAGUUAAAAAGUUAUACCCAAUGACAUCAUCAAGACAAUAACAUCCCUCUGGCUAGAAACUCGUUGCAGGUUUUGAAAAUCA